UACCUUCACUGAGAAGUGUAGUUCCGGGAUCAGGAACUAUUUCUCAGAUUGAAAAGGGAAAACCUUAAAUGGUGUAGGGAUACGACGGAACUAUACGGCUUAAGCAGGUGCCAAACAACAGGGAGAUCUCAAGCACAAAACGAAUGAUGGUCUAGCAUAUGGUAUUUUCCAGUUUCCACCGAACGAAGACACGUCCUCCACAAACCUUAAUUCUGUGCUUUCACUAGAAUAAUGUCACGGUACCUACACACCAGCCCCUGGUGGGCCAUUCUCUGCUCUCACCCCUAGUAUGUGGCCCCAGGACAUUUUGGCCAAGUACCAUCAAAAAGACUCUACAGAGCAGUCUCAACUUCAGUAUGAUGAAUUUGGCUUCAGAGUGGACACUGAAGAUGGAGAACCCCGGUCCUGGCUAGGCACUGAAGGCUCACCCCAGCGUGAAGACCCCCAGCAGCGAUUGCGCUGGCAAGCCCACCUGGAGUUCACCCACAACCACACAGUAGGUGACCUGACCUGGGAGCUCAUUGAUCCCGUCCUUCCACGCUGCGAGCGUCUGCGCUCUCUGGUGCUAGGGGGCAUACCCCACAGCAUGAGGCCACAGCUCUGGAUGCGCCUGUCUGGAGCACUGCAAAAGAAGAGGACCUCUGAGAUCUCCUACAAAGAAAUGAUUAAGAACAGUUCCAAUGAUGACACCAUCAUAGCUAAACAGAUAGAGAAGGACCUGUUACGGACCAUGCCAACCAACGCGUGUUUCAGUAGUCUGACCAGUGUUGGAGUUCCAAGGCUAAGACGGGUAUUGAGAAGCCUGGCCUGGCUCUACCCAGACAUUGGGUAUUGUCAGGGUACUGGCAUGGUGGUUUCCUGCCUGCUGCUCUUUCUUGAGGAGGAGGAUGCAUUAUGGAUGAUGUGUGCCCUGAUUGAAGACCUCCUUCCUCCAUCCUACUUCUCCUCCACUCUGCUGGGAGUCCAAACGGACCAGAGGGUUGUCCGCCAGCUUAUUGUUCAAUACCUCCCGGCCCUCGACCGCCUUUUGCAGGAACAUGACAUAGAGUUGUCAUUGAUCACGCUGCACUGGUUCCUGACAUCAUUUGCCAGUGUGGUGGAUAUCCGUCUGCUCCUCAGGAUCUGGGACCUGCUCUUCUACCAGGGCUCACUGGUGCUCUUCCAAGUCACACUGGGAAUGCUCAAGCUCAAGGAGGAGGAACUCAUCUCAUCAGAGAACUCGGCUUCUAUUUUUAAUACUCUGUCAGACUUGCCUAGCCAGCUGAGAGAUGGACCUGCAGUUCUUGGUGAGGCUAUGAGGCUAGCAGGGUCACUGUCCCAGGAAACUUUGGAAGCCCACCGACACAAGCACCUAGCCUACAUCCUAAAUGAACAAGCGCAGAUCAACAAUGGAAACAACACAACACUCCACAACAACACCAAUCUCAACAAGGUGGUGAGGAGACAGUCCAUGCGCAGAAAGUCCACCCUGACCUCUUUGCUGUUUGGGGAAGAUGAGGCAGAGGCCCUAAAGUCCAAGAACAUUAAGCAGACAGAGUUGGUGGCUGCCCUUCGAGAGGCCAUAGCCCACAUAGCAGAGCACUUCCACUGUUUGGACCCUUGUCACUCCAGCACUAACCUGACUCCUGACUACUCCAUGGAGAGCCACCAGCGGGAUCAUGAGAACUUCCUUGUUGUGUCCCGCAACCGGCGACGACGGGCGAAGGCUCUGCUGGACUUUGAGCGACACGAUGACGAUGAAUUGGGCUUCAGAAAAAAUGACAUCAUCACGAUCAUCUCACAGAAGGAUGAACACUGUUGGGUUGGAGAGCUCAAUGGACUGAGGGGUUGGUUUCCAGCAAAAUUUGUGGAGAUCCUAGAUGAAAGAAGCAAAGAGUACUCAUUAGCAGGUGAUGAUUCUGUGACAGAGGCAGUGACAGACCUGGCCAGAGGCACAUUGUGCCCAGCACUGAAGGCCAUCUUUCAGCAUGGUCUCAAGAAACCAUCUAUACUGGGAGGGCCCUGUCACCCUUGGUUAUUCAUAGAGGAGGCAGCCAGUAGAGAAGUUGAAAGAGACUUCAACUCUGUCUACUCCAGACUGGUGCUGUGUAAAACCUACAGGUUGGAUGAAGAUGGGAAAGUACUAACACCAGAGGAGCUGCUCUACAGAGCAGUGCAAUCAGUCAACAUGAGCCAUGACUCUGCACACGUUCAGAUGGACGUCAAGUUUAGGUCUCUUGUCUGCAUUGGUCUCAAUGAGCAAGUGUUGCACCUGUGGUUGGAGGUGUUGUGUUCCAGCAUAGCUGCUGUAGAGAAAUGGUAUCAUCCAUGGUCGUUCCUUCGCAGUCCUGGAUGGGUACAGAUAAAGUGUGAGCUCAGGGUCCUAUCACAAUUUGCCUUUAGUCUUUCCCAAGACUGUGAACUGCCUGACAAGAAACAGGAGAAGGAGCAGAGACCGCUGAAGGAAGGGGUGCAGGACAUGUUGGUGAAGCAUCACCUCUUCAGCUGGGACAUUGAUGGCUAGAGACGCAGCAUAACCCAACUGUCCUGUGUGCCUGUAUAUAUAUUUGACCUCGUCACCCAUUUCUUGCAGACUGCCAGUCAUAAGACACCCUUGUCUGCAACAGUAAGUGACCACAGACCCUAUCUGUCACCUCGCCUUUCAGCAUCCAACAGUGAAAUCCUAAUAAUGAUAAAGGCUGAGUGGCUUCUAUGUGCUGAAGCAUGUGUGCAUUAAGAUGCAUACUUUAGUUUUAUUCAGCUCCAGUAUAAGAGGUUAAAUGUCAUGGCUAAAUCUAUAUAAAGCUAUACUGUAGUACAGAAUAAUCUGUACCCGAUGGACUGAAACACUUAAGAAAUACUUAAGUACUGACUGGCUGUUCAGCUUUUUAUAGCUGAGUGAGACCAACAGUCUAUUUUCUUGCAUCUCUUAUGUGUCUACAUCAAAGCGGUAACCAGGUGAUCAGCACGACAAGCACUGGGCUUUUCAACAUUGUCCAAAGUUCCACAUUACCCUGUAAAUUCCCAAAUAUUAAGACCAAAACAGAACAUUCCUAAACUGAAUCUGUAAAUCUACAAAUUAUUUUUGAGAGGAAUGCUACUUAUCUCAAUACCAUGAAUUACACAAAAUAUUUAAUUAAAUACUAAUGUUGCACAUGCCAAGCAAAGCCUUUUCAAUUUGUGAACCAAGACUAUGGGUAUGUGCUACCUUAACAAUGGUAGUGAACAGUGUAUGACAUGAUGUAAAUGAAGCAGAUAAAUACUUUUGUGUUACAAUCUACAGUAAAUAAAUGUUGCA